CAGAAAUAUGUCCAAGUCGGGAAUAGUACUGUACGGAGUGGACCUGAGUCCUUGUGCGAGGACUGCGAAAAUUACCCUCAAGGCCUUGGACCUGGACUAUGAAUACAAGGAGGUGAACCUGCAGGCGGGGGAGCACCUUAGCGAGGCCUAUCUGAAGAAGAACCCACAGCACACGGUGCCAGUGCUGGACGACAAUGGAACUGUGAUCUGGGACUCGCAUGCCAUUGUCACAUAUUUGGUGGACAAGUACGGCAAGUCGGACGAACUAUACCCCAAGGACCUGGCCAAGAGGGCGGCCAUCAACCAACGCCUCUUCUUCGAUGCCAGUGUCAUAUUCCCCUCCCUGGGCAAUGUCAGUGGCCCGUUCUGGGUCAGUGGAGUGACUGUGGUGCCCCAAGAAAAGCUGGACACCAUUCAUCGGGGACUGAAGCUGUUGGAGACCUUCCUGACUGGCAGUGCCUAUCUGGUGGGUGACUCCCUCACCCUGGCUGACAUUUCCACUGGCACCACUGUCUCCAGUCUGCCCGCCGCCGUGGACAUCAAACCGGAAGUCUAUCCCAAUAUUACUGCCUGGCUGGAUCGUCUCAACCAGAUACCCUUCUUCAAGGACAUCAAUGAGGAACCGGCCAAGAACUACUGCUCCUUCCUGCGCAGCCAGUGGACCAAGUUGGGAGAUUAAAAUACAAAAGAUUGUUAAUAUUUUUAAUGAUCUUUUUGUAAUAUCUUAAAGUGUAUGGUUAGAGAAUAAAAGUUUGAUAUGUAAUCUUCCUUUUUAAUGAAAAAAUUAUUCCAUAAUUGGAAAUGUGAUAACUGCUA